AUGCCACAACAAGUAUACCAUCAUGGGCUGCCAGGACAAGUCCACCAAGUGCCGCAACACGCACAUCAGGGGCUUCCACAAAACCUUCGUCACGUACCGCAGCAGAUGUACCAGACCCCACAACACAUUCAUCCAGUACCACAACCGAUUCACCAGGCACCGCACCAAGUCUAUCAGAUGCCGCAGCAGAUUCAUCAGAUACCGCAACACAUGCUUCAGGAGCCGCCACAGAAUGUCGUUCCGGGAUCACAACAAAUAUCAAAAGCCCAGGAGCGACCGCGGCAGAUACCGGGACUCCGGGGAUCGCCGCAGCAAGUACCUGGACUCCAGCAGCCACAACAGCUAGUGCCAGAACCUCAGCAGUCGCAACAAGACGUAGUUCCGGAGCCGCAAGAGAUUCCAGAGAUCCAGGAACCGCAGGCAUCAGGAGAUAAGGAAUUGCAAGUUAUAACCAAUGAACCGCAACCAAAAGUUGCAGACAAGGAACCGGAAAAAAGUUCAGUAGACCAGGAACAAACCGUUCAGGAGCCGCAAAAGAUAGACGAGGUGCCUCAGCUUCCUCAAAAGUCACAAGACAGCCAAAAACCAGAGUAUACAGACGAUGGGUCCAAAGAUACAGAGCCCGAGUCGUCUGAACAAUAA